UCCAAGUUGCACGUGUUUGACGAUUCUCUCGUUAGUCACGAAACAAUAGUCGAAGACUUUAUAAUAUGUCUUAAAGCAGUUCAACUCAAACUCGUAUGACACGCGAUGCAGCAAACAUCUUUCUUAAAAUUAUAAUUUGACAUUCGUGCGACACUGAACAAACAAACAAACAAUCUCGAGAAACAUGAAAACAUUCAUGUCGUGGGCAACUAGAAAUUUCAAAAAUACCCAAAGAUGAUGAAAUUUAAAAGUAAAAAAAAAAAAUUAUCCGAUUGUCAAGUUUUACAAUCAAUUUCUUCUAAUAUCUUCAAUUUCAACGAAUACACUUAAAAAUUAUCAGAUUUUUUUUUAACAAAAUUGAAAAUGUAGAGAAAAAUAAAAUUUUCUGUGGAAAGUGCAAAAAGAGAAAAAGUGACAGUGUGAUUUAAAUUUUUAAAAUUUUCCAUUAAAAAACCAUAUGAGGAAAAAUUUUACAAUAUAAAUAUUUCGGAGCAAAAGCAGAUUUUCAAAGGAAUAUACAAUGACAGACGAAUUAUUGUUUUCGGCUUUGGGAUUGGAUAUGGAUGUUCUCAAUGAGAAACAAUUACAAUCACCUACGACGUCUUUUUCCUAUGAAUAUGAGACUUCUUGCAAGACACCACUUAGUGAUUAUUCAGAAUUUACGGAAAAUUCUUUUACUCUAAUGAAUAAUGGAAUCGAAUGUUAUACGGAUAUAACAUAUUCACCGGAAGUACAAUGGAGCGAUUGGUCAACGAAUACAUUCACCUCCUCGAAUUGUUUCAGUGAAUUAAGUGAAAUUGACACUGAAUUGGAUUGGUGUUUAGACAGAGAAUGGAAUGUGGGUCUUCCUGAAAGAACGCCACUUUGUACUCCAGGAUGUGAAGGAUUUUUGCAUCUUCCAUUGCCGAAACCUCAACAACCUUUCCAACAUGACGAGCCCUUAUUAGUUCUUGGCAUUGAUCUCAGGACAUUGGAGGAUUCUUUAGGUUCCACGGAAAUAGAUUAUAACAAUAAUCAAAUGGAAGAAAACAAUCAUUUGGUACCCUCGUCUGCCGAUGUGGCUUUAGCGACUCACGACUAUACGAAUCGAAGUUUAACGCAAGCUGCUGACGAUCGCUGUUUCCCCUGCACAUAUCAAGGCUGCGUGAAGGUUUAUGCGAAAGCUUCACAUCUAAAAGCACAUCUACGAAGACACACUGGUGAGAAGCCAUUCGCUUGCACGUGGACCGGAUGCGGCUGGCGUUUCAGUCGAUCCGACGAAUUAGCUAGGCACAGAAGAUCGCAUUCUGGAGUGAAACCAUAUCCCUGUGAACUUUGCUCAAAACGAUUUGCCCGCAGUGAUCAUUUGGCGAAACAUCGAAAAGUUCAUCGAAAAAAUUCCUUCGCCAUGUUCCAAGGGGGAAGAAAUUUUCGCGCAUCAAAAAUGAAUUUACUGCCAGCUAAAAAUUAAACAGAAAUCAUGAUAAUUGCACUAAGACUACUCAAUUUCGCCAAAGAGAGAAGCAUUCAGUAUACAAAUGAUAAGAAUGCAAGAAAAGUAGUGCCAAAUGGAAAAAAACUCUAGUAAUCUGUUAUAUUAGGAAUACAAUACAAAUUGUGUCAAAUUCUCUUUUUAUUUUCCGUUUUUUUUCGUUGAUAAAUAAAUUAGAAAAAGUAUUGUAGACAGUGAUAAAAUUUUUUAAUGCUGCUCAUAGUUAACUAUAAUUUUUAGAAGUAAAUAAAGAGAACAUGAGGAGCUUUGUGUGGAAAGUGCCUUUUAUUUAUAAGAAUCAUAGACAUUCUCAAGUGAUUCUAAAUUAAGGAAAUAUAAAUUAAUUAAAUGAGAUUAAAAAUCUAUCUACUUUUAUAAAAAUUUACUAAGCUCUUUGAUAUUAAAAUUUUAAUCAAUUUCAAAAAAUGUUAACGAUUUUGAGAAAUUUAAAUAUGUAUUAUCGUUGGAUUUUAAUCUUGUUUAAAGUGAUUCCAUUUGCGGCAGUUAAACUUACAGAAACUAUUUUUAAGCAAUAAUGCGUAAGUCGAAAAUUGAAAGCAUAAUGAAUGUUUGUAAAUGAAAUAUCCUUUUGCUUGCGUAAGAAGCAAGAAAUUAUAUAUAGUAAAUAAAGUCUUUAUAAUGCCGAA